AUGUCCCAAGUGAACGAUUACGUGUUCAGCACCGAGGAGAGUUCGUACCCGCCCAAUCAGAGAUCGCUACCGUUUUUCUUUAAGAAUUUGAACAAUUCAUCGCAUUCGCAAUCAGACAAGAUCAUUGGUGCGUCGUACUCGCAUUUUGAUAGGCCCUCCGGAUCAAGGAGCAGAACGUCCAUCUCGCCAGAACGCACCUCCAUUGGCUCGGUAGGCUCACUUUCGCCGAGGCUCAAGACUUCCAAGGCCCUCAAGAGACUGAGCGUGUUUGACGACGAUGAUGACUGGGAUGACGGAAUAGAAGAGGAAUUUCUCGGCAAGGAGACGAAGUCUCUGGGGAAACUGUAUCCGGAUUUGGAGUAUGUGAAGCCAGAAUUUCAACAGCCUUCCACAGCGCCGGCCCGGCCGGUUUCUCUGAUCAGAGAGAAUUACAAAGACAUAUUGGAAGACCCAUUUGUGAUCCUGAAUGGGCUGGACCUACAGGACUACAAACACCACAAGCUGACGGAACUGCUGAAUGCGGACUCGGAGUCGCUCGAUCUCAACGAACUGAAGAAACAGUCGUGGAAGGGAUUGCCCACAGAACUCCGUGGACUUGUGUGGCAGCUUUUGUUGGGAUACAUUCCGUCUAAUCCGUCCAGAAGACAAUCAGUCUUGCAGAGAAAGCGGAAGGAGUACAACGACACAAUAGAGCAAAUCUUCAACAAAUCAAAGGACCAGAUUAUUUGGCACCAGAUUAUCAUAGACGUGCCCAGGACAAACCCCUCGAUAAAGCUGUACUCUUAUCCUGUCAUCCAGCGACUUCUCGAGAGACUGCUGUAUGUGUGGGCUAUUCGCCAUCCGGCCUCUGGAUACGUCCAGGGUAUCAACGAUCUAGCCACUCCGAUAUUGCAAGUCUUUCUGCAGUCAUACUUGGUUGCACAGGCAAAUGUUGCUAAUCUCGACCCCGACAAACUGGAUGUGGAGAUCCUGAACCACGUUGAAGCAGACACAUUUUGGUGUUUGACCAAGAUCUUGGACACUAUCCAAGACAACUACAUCCACGAGCAGCCUGGAAUCAUGAGACAGGUAGAGAGUCUUGCGAACUUAACUCUGCGGAUCGAUGAGAAACUGUAUACCCAUAUCAAGGAGCAGAAUCUGGAGUUUCUCCAGUUCUCGUUUCGGUGGAUGAACUGUAUGUUGAUGCGAGAGCUCAAGAUGGACCUGAUUGUCAGGAUGUGGGAUACUUAUAUCUCUGAGUUUCCAAAAGGCUUUAACGAGUUUCACGUGUAUGUAUGCUGUGCGUUUCUGAUGAAGUUCUCGGAGGAGCUCAAGGAGAUGGAGUUCCAAGAGAUGAUCAUGUAUUUGCAAGACACGUCCAAGACUGAAAAUUGGGACGAGACCGAUGUGGAGAUGUUAUUGAGCGAGGCCUACAUAUGGCAGACUCUGUAUCGGAAUGCGACUGCUCAUCUGAAGUGA